AUGGUACCAAUCUCUCUGCUUUUAGGAUUUCUAGCUUUGAGUAUAACUCACAGCCAUGAGGAUUUUUAUUAUAAAGGAGAUGUCAAAUUGAUUUUAGGCGUAAAUGACAUGAAAUCACUGGUCCAAAGUGGAGAACUCACGAUUAGCAAAGCAAUGGAAAUCUGGGAAUCUCUAGUGAAAAGAGCUGAAGAAGCAGAUAUUGCAAUUUACUCUGGGAUGGCGCUGUUUUGGCAUUGAUUUUCCCACUGGAAAAAUUUUUUUGGUUCGACUAGUACCAUAUGGUUUGGUCAAACCAAAAAAUUUUUCAGUGGGAAAAUCAAGUCCAAAAUAGUGCCAUCCAUGGGAAAAUCCCAUACUAUUUAUAACCCAGAAACCCAAGGAGAUGAUACUUACUAUUUGUUUGGAAUCAUACCUGUUUUAUCAAUUUUUUAUGGAAUUGGCUCAUAUGCUAUUUUAGGUCUUUUUGCAGGAACCAUGUCUACUUGCUAUUCUAACAGAUCGGCAGUCAGUUUAUGCUUAAGCAGCUUAUUUUUCGCGUUUUUGUUAUAUAUGGGAGGGACUAUUUUAUAUGAAAACACAGGCUCUGGGCUGAUAAGCAGCAUUUUAUUAAUUGCAUGCUGCUUGUCUUGGGCGAUGUUCUUACACAGUAUUUUAAUAUUUUUGAAAUAUUCUGACAUGGAGCCAGAAAUAGAGACUUUUAAUAUAGAGCAUAAUAUAGGAGUAAAAGCCUUUACAGCAAUUUUUAUAUCAUGGGUUUCAUAUAUCCUCAGUUUUUGCUGCCCUUUUCCUCUUGUUCAGUUGCCAUUUUAUAUUGGAAUUGCUUAUAUAGGCUAUCUUAUUGGUCUUAAGCUGCACCCAAAAAUGCCUUUACGUUUGCAGCCAUUUUGGUGUGUUUUUGUUUUACUUUAUUCAGGGAUAAUCCUUGCAUACCUAUAUUUAGCAGGUGACAGAGCGUUUCUAUAUAAAGAUGAUUAUGAGUCAAUGGAUAGAAAAGUUGACUUUAGGCUAGUAGGCUAUAUUUUUAAUGGAGCAUUAAUAUCAGUUUUAUUACCAGUUUUAGUAUAUGUGAAUUAUUUUGGCGAGUAUGAAGAAUUUAAAAGAGAUUAUUUAAAUUUUGUGCUAAUAAAUGACAAAAUAGCCCAAAAUCCUGGUGGAUAUAGAAAUUGGUGCACAAAAGAUAUGCUUGUUUUAGGAUUGAUGAUAUUUUAUAUAUUUUUAUCAUUUUUCGGUUUUAAACAGAGAGUUUGGUGCUUAGUUAUAUAUGGAUAUGCAGGAAUAUCAAUUGGGACAUCAUUUUUGCCUCGUACAAACUCAUUUUUUCCUGAUAGGGCUUUAUAUACAGCUAUACUCCUUUUCCAAGUCAUAGUGUCUUCAUUUUUGAAUAAUAUUGAAGAUACAUUUUCUCCACAAAUAAUUUCAUUUUUUCCUGAUACUAUCGUAUGGCCCUUUUUAAGCACAAUUGUAAGGACCUUGCUAGCAGUUGUGGCAGUUUUCAAUUUAUAUUCAUCUAACUUAUUCCCUUUAAGCAAUCCUUUAGCGAAAGAUGAAAACAGCCCUUCACAAACGUGAAUUGAGUAUGUUUUAAGCUUUUUUACAAGGUAUCUGCUGAAUAUUAUUUUGAUUUUAUUGGUUGAAGACGAAAGUUCGUGACUGGUUAGCUUGGUUUAUAAUCUGGCAAUAGUGUAUUGUAAUCAUAUACCUUUAGAUUAUUCAGGAUCAGAAAGCACAACUGAUAAAAUUAUGAGAAACUCAAUUGUAUUUUUAUUUGGAUUGAGGCUAUCGAUAAUGGCUCAAAGCGUCUAUCUUGCGUUUUAUAUAGGGAUCUUGCUAUAUUAUACUAUUAUGAUAGGUAUUUAAAGUCCUUCUUCCUGGAUCCCCCGUUAUACAGGUGUGCUAUGUGGUAAAUCAUAUAUGCAAAAUGCCUUGUCAUACCCCAGGUUUUCUAUAGAGCUCGCCCUUUUGGUCUAAUAUUGAUUUUUUCUAUUAUCUGCUUUUUUGCAGUCACCUGGCAAAGAAUCAACCAAUAGCAACUUAGGCAAGUAAAUUGCCCUUCAUAUUGGUACCCACUGCGCUGGGAGCUAAAGGCAAAAAGAGAAAAAUAUAAAAUAAAGUAUUAAAUAUAUUUAUAAUAAGCAUGUUAUAAAUCGUGCUUUAAUAGCUUAAAAUAAAAAGUAAUACAAUAUCUCUUAUAUUUCUUAUUAUCAUGACUAGAUAGUUUGGUAUUGAUUGAAGAGGGGGUCGGAUUGCGCUUGAUCAUAAAGACCUAUCACUAACUAGACGAUGGCUCGUCUUCAGCCAUUCUAUGAAUAUAUAUAGAGAUUUUGGAUGAUGGGUGUGUCUUUUUAUAGAUAUAUUAUGGAAGAGAAAAUGAAUUUCGAGUUCUAUUCUGCAUUAUUUUGCUAUUGCGGGAUAUUGAUAGUAUAUAGCGUUUGCAUUAAAAGCUAUAUAGCAUGUUUUGUUGGGCUAGGAUUUUUUUAUAUCGCAAUUACAAAGGCUUUGAAAAUAGAAAGAUGGGAAAUUAUCGGAGGUGCUGCUUUAAUUAUUACUAUCCUGCUAUUUGGAAUUUGCGCAAUAUGGGUUGAGCCACUAUUUAUUACAAUAGAAGGAUUUUUUACACAAUAUCAAUUAGGCAAAAGCUUAUACUAUUCUCUCUCAAAUGCAGAGAUUUUUGUGCCAGAAAAAGGUCUGAUUUCUGAAGUCUUGCUUCACCUACGGCUAUUUAUUUCUUUAUAA